ACCGCGGGCGGUGUUCGGCCACUCCCCGUCUUUUAAUCGCUCCCCGCCUGGGUCGCUGCUCGUGCUUGUCCCGCCUUCCUCGUUGGCAGUCAGUUGAACGCUCCCCUCUGAUCGUCGUCCUCCAAACACCGGGUAACCAUUUGUCAACAUACAUGCGCCGUACUCCUGAUAUCACUUUUCUACCGCAUUUCGGCUCCAAAGUUGAACUUCUCCUCAAGGGAACAGAAAAAGAAGAGGUUUCUUCCUCUACCCCGGAACAAAUUUCAAGUCACAAGCCAUGCUCCUGUCCUCAUCGCCACUCCUGAUCCUUGGCCUCCUUACGUUCUCAUGGGCUGCUAAAAUCAUUGUGGUCCCACCAACCCUGUUUGAAUCACAUAUGUACAUCUUCAAGACGUUGGCCACCUCUCUACACCAGGAGGGCCACGAGAUCCAUUUCCUCGUCUCAGAGGGUCGAGAGGUACUCCCUUCCCCUCACUAUAAACUACAGCGCUACCCGGGCGUCUUCAACAGCAGCACAGCUGAGAGUUUCCUGCAGUCUAAAGUCGGCAACAUCUUUUCAGGCCGCCUUACAUUUCUGGAGCUUUUUGACAUUCUUGAACACUACAGUCAAAAUUGUGAUGUUAUAGUAGGUAAUACAGAUGUUAUGGCUCGCCUCAAGCAGGCCAAAUUUGACCUGUUGCUGGUGGACCCCAAUGAAAUGUGCGGGUUUGUACUUGCGCAUAUUCUGGGCUUGAAAUAUGCUGUGUUCAGCACAGGUUUGUGGUACCCUACGGAGGUGGGUGCCCCGACCCCGCUCUCGUACGUGCCCGUUUUCAACUCACUGCUGACCGACCGCAUGUCACUGUUCCAAAGGAUCUCCAACACUGCUGUCUACCUCUUGGAGAACUUUGGAGUCCAUUUUAUUCUGAUCCCCAAGUACGACCGUAUCAUGAGAAAACAUGGAAUAAAGCCGCAAGUGGCUAUGACUGAACUGGUGCGAGGCAGCCAAAUGUGGAUGCUGUGCACAGACUUGGCGCUGGAGUUCCCCAGGCCCACCCUACCGCACGUGGUCUACAUCGGAGGCAUCCUCACCAGACCCGCAAACCCCCUGCCACAGGACUUUGAACUAUGGGUUAAUGAUACAGCGGAGAACGGCUUUGUUGUGGUGUCCUUUGGCGCUGGGGUGAAGUAUCUUUCCAAUGACAUUGCGCACAAACUGGCUGGAGCUCUUGCCAGGCUACCCCAGCAAGUCAUCUGGAGAUUUUCUGGUGUCCCACCCAAUAACAUUGGCAACAACACCAAGCUUGUUGAUUGGAUGCCUCAGAAUGACCUAUUGGGCCACCCCAACAUAAGGGCUUUCUUGAGUCACGGUGGGCUUAACAGUAUCUUUGAGGCCAUGUACCACGGGGUGCCAGUGGUGGGUGUGCCCCUGUUUGGAGACCACUAUGACACAAUGACCCGUGUGACCGCCAAAGGUAUGGGCAUUAUGUUGCACUGGAAAAGCAUGAGCGAAGAUGACCUUUACAAUGCCCUGGUCACCGUCAUAAAUGACACAAGGUACCAACAGCGGGCUACCCUUCUCUCUACUAUCCACAAAGACCAGCCAGACCACCCAGUGGCCAGAGCCGUCUACUGGAUCAACUACACCCUCCGUCACAAUGGCACAGACCACCUGCGCUCAGCAGUAUAUGACAUAUCCCUCUAUCAGUACUUCUUGCUGGAUGUCAUUUUCAUCGUAGGGGCAGCCUUGUUUAUUUCUGGCUUUGCUUUGAGACAUUUGGGACAGUUACUGAGAGCAAGGUUUGGUGACAAGAGCCAAGUAAGCAGCGUUUCCAGGGAGGAGGGCAACAUGGUCAACGGACACUCCCACUCCAUGUCCAACGGUAAACACAAAUGCAAUGGCUCCUUGAAGAACGAGAAGAAGGUGAAUUAAUAUUCUCAAAUGGCUCAGAGGGAUAAGGAGGCAGUUGCUCAAGGGUGUAGCCCUUGGUUUGGGUUAUGUUUUUAUAAAACGUUUGGGGGAAGGUCUGCAUCAAGAGGCAACUGCCACUUGGAAUGAAGCUUAAGAAGGAUACGCAUAUGAUGCGUGUGUUUGUGAGUGUGUGUGUAGAAGUGUGUCCACUGACGACAAUUUAAAGUCUAAUAACAGCAACUGCUUCGGCACAUCACCAAAUUGGAACACCAAGGAUGACACACUUCUCUCCAUCACAUCUUCGUGACCAUUUAAGAGUGGAAUGGCCAUGAUGAAGUGACAUCACUAACUACAGCCAAACUCUUAAAAUAUUUGGAAUAUUUAGUUAAUCACUGCAAAGCUUACCAAGCGUGUGCAUCAGCUUGAGGGCACAUCUAUUUAUUACUGUAAAAACAAGUUUUAAUGAUGGAUGUUUUAUCUUCUUUUCAUUUAUUUAAUGGAUUUAUUUCGUGUUGUGAUAGAAUGAUGGUGGAUAUACAGUCGCUCCAAUACCCACAAUGGACAUGAUUAGUUUUACAAUUGCUCCCCACCUCUGCAUUCCGUCUCUGGCUUAAAUGUAAGUCUGUCUGAUCAUUCCUCUGUAUGUCAGGUUCAAUGGACCCUUGUCGCAUGAUGCAAGUCCAUUUCUGCUUGACGACUUUUAGGGUGUAUGUUUACUUUGGCUUCCUGUAUUCGCCAAUAGAAUACAUUGCAAAAAAAACUAUAAUGGUGAAUGAAUAAUGAAAGUAAAACUAAUGUUUUAUUAUUAGCUUGGUUAGCCACCUGUCUGCUUUCCUCAGUCAGUGGAGUGCUAAAUGUAUAUCUAUCGAAGUAUAUAUCUAUCAGAUCUAUCUAUUUUAGAACAGGUUGAAUCACUGGUCAGAUUUCUCAUUUUGGGAGAGAGAGUGUCCUUGCGCCAGGAUCUGAGAAACUAAUUUGAUUUACUAUGAAGACGAUUGCUAAUACUCGGAUUGAAUAUUAAUUAAUUAUUAUUAUUAUUAUUAUUAUUAAAGCUUAAAGUAAGAUAUUAAUCUGGCUCUUUCCUUAUUAGUCUUAUUCAGUCGGUGAAUACAUAAGUAAAUCUACACCCUGGAAGUGAUGAAGUGAAGUGGUCUGACAUCACAGUGAAAUGGGUUGAUUUAAGUAACUUUUAUGUUCAAGCUCUGUUAUGUUCAGGCUUGAUGUAUUGUUAUAAGCUAAUGUAAUGAAUAGUAAAUAAUACAAUUUCUAUAGUGACCUUGAAGGGUCCCAUGGACGAAUUAGUCGUAUCCUUCCUGUAACCUGCAUAAUCAAUAUUAAUGAUACCCACUUAAGUAUGGAUGUGCUUGUGGACUUGAUGUGAGGUGUGAUGGGUAAUUGCGCCAGUGUAGACACAAGGUUUGGAACAAACAAAGCAAAUUAAUGUGUAGCCUUGUAAAACCUGUAUGUUACGAAAACCCCUUUUGCCUUUUUGCCAUUCAUCAUAAGAACUGUAAAGGAGUUUCACAAUAAUUUUAGUACACUAGCUGUUGUCUCAAACUACUCCAUGGUGUUUUGAAAUUUAUCAGGCAAAGUAGAUAGGCUGUUGUCAGUUCUAUAUGCAUAUGCAAAACAGAUAUACAGUCAGACGAGACAUAAGCUUGCCAUAUGUACUAACUAGGGCUGGGCAUUAUAAUGAGUUGAUCAUUUAGAAUUCUGUAAUUUGAAUUGAUUGUUCAUUAAUUGUGUGUGGAAUUGAGGCAAAAGGCAAUGCUGGGCUGCUACGAGCUGAGGCGAUGUCUGAAGAAAAACAUGACGUCAGGCUAUGGGAAGCUACUGUACCUCCACACAGACCUCUCUCUAUGGCACAAGCCUUCCGGACAGCAUUAUUUUGCCCCAUGUGACACAGGCACCGAUAUGAGAGUUCAGAGCAUCGAGACAAACUCUCCCAUUAAAAGUACCGUAAUUUCUCAUGGAAAUGCGCAACCCAAAGUUGACCUCAAAAUUCUGAAAAACCCUUCUACCUUUGGAUAAUGCAUUUUUACAAUGCAUGAUUUUGCUUCUACCCAUAUGAUCAAAACAUGAAGUAUUUUUAAAGAAUUAUUCUGAAGUUAAGCACUUUAUUUGAACAUGUAAUACUUUUUAAUUUACUUCCUCUUAUUUUGAAAUUCACAGCCUUACUUCAAUUUAGUAAAUGAGAAAACACCCAGUUGUGCUCAUAUGUUUGAUUACCCAGGCAGAAUUUGUAAGAUGGAUACAAUUCUUUAAAGAAAACAUAAAGGGCUAGGCGAAAGACAUUUAAUUUUAUUUUAAUGGGAUUCAAAUUAAACUGUCAAGCAUUCAGAAAAGCAUUAUCAUUAAACAAAACAUAAACAUAAAGAAACGAAUGAUGGUUGUUUUUCAGUCAUAUAAAAAAAAAACCCUAAUAUUUCACAAAUUCUGCCAGGGUAUGUAAACUUAUGAGCACAACUGUACAUACAGUAUAUGCAGUCAUACAUACCCCUGGCAUAUUGGAAUGAAAGUGUAGGCUACACCUUUUUCCCUAACCUCUAGGUGGUGGCAUAUUAGAAUUUAAGUAUACUCCUUUCUCAUAACCGCUAGGUGGGAGUGACAUUGGAAUGAAAAUGUACAGCUUUUUCAUAACCUCUAUAUGGCGGCAUACAUUUAUAUAAUGUGAAAGCUUUUUCAUUUCCCCCUAUACCUAUGUAUAAUGCGCACAAUUGGCUGACAAUUUUUUUGCCUGGGAAAAUGCGCAUUAUAUACGAGAAAUUAUGGUAUUUGAUGUUUUAACUACAUAUAUUUCCAAUACUGCGCCUGCUGUGAGCUGGCAAUUUGUUUGUCUAAAUAUAAAUUAUGAUACUUUUUUUUUUUUUUUUUUUUUUUUUGAAACAAGUCUAAUUCCCAUACCCUGGACUGGCCUCAACCACUAUAGUAAAUGGCAGUGUCAACAUGACAUACUACACCUUAACAACACACAGGGAACAUGGUGGGAGUAUCUUCACAGUGACUCAUUGGACAUUUCACAAGCAGUAACUUGUUGACAUGUUAAACUGAAAUAAAUGUCAUCCAACUAGUUUUCAACUUCAUGAAUUGUUUUUGAAGCGCCUCCAGGAGUUUAUUUUUAAAAUGUUGCACAAACCACAUGUCUGCAAGAUCCAAAGAGAAUUAUUGGGAAAUGAUCCAAAAGAGAAUACAGUAUAUGUGUAACUGUUUUAUUUUCCAGCACCUUGAUUGAACUUUUGCUAGUGCAAGUUGAGCAAACUUCUUAAGUAGCACACACAAAUAGGCCCUAUAUUUUUAUGUGGUUCCAGGAUUUUAAAUGUGAGUACCUAGUUUCAUAACAGUUUAAAAACAUUGGUUUUUCAUGAAACCAUAAAAAUGCCCUUUUCUAGCAAUGCAUUUUUUGAUGCAAAAUUGCAUUCUCUUGAGAAGAGACUGCAAUACAUUAAUGAACCUUUCAACCUUUGUAUGUGAAAGUUUUCUUGUCUUCCUUUCUCCUGUGAGCUGCAAUGACACCAACCUAUGCCUGCUAUAAAGAUACUUGAAAUAUCAUUUUCAUCAGUAAUACAUUCAGCUGUCAGUUUUGUGGGCCAUCAGGUGCUGCACGAGCUAGGAACGGGGUCUGGCGGGACAUAAGCAAAUUUAUGAUGGUGCAUUGUUAUUUUUGCCUUUUAUUUCAGUAUUAAAGUUGUAAUGGACCACCUAGCUCCUUUUUAAAUUCUCAUUUCUGUAGGCUAACAAUUGUUACAUUUUUUUUUUUUUAAUGAAUGAGAAUUCCACAGUGUUUUCUCUGUAGCCUUUUGUAUCUCUUCCCAGCAUUUCAUAUUAUAUUUUGGAUCCUAAACUGUUUGACUGCAAUUUCAAAUUUGUUUCCCAUGUGUUGUAAAUACAACAAU